AUGUCUUCGCUGCCGCCCAUCCCGUCGCCUCCGCUGCCGAUCGUCACCACCGUGCCGUUGACCUUCUCCACCGCGCCGCUGCCCUCCUCGUCCGCGCCGCUGGUCGCAUCCUCCGGCGCUGCCACCACCCAGAUGACGACGCCCUCCACCGCACCACCGGCCGCCGUCUACUCCCCGACGGAGAUCACCGGGGUCCUCAACGAUCUCGUCACCGUCAUCCAGGGGAUACGGCUAUACCUAGCCGGCCCCUACGGGCCGCCGCCGCCCUUGCCGCCGGCCGCCGCGACCGGGCCAGCCGCCCUGCCGUGGUAUUCGGCACCCCCGGCGCCGACCGGGCCUCUACACCACCACAGGUCGCCGCCGCCCGCCGCCCGCCGCCGUGCCCCAAUGGCCGGCGCCGGCCCUCGCCGCGUCACCCACGCCACCCGGGUCCUCACCGCGUCACCGACACCACCCGGGUCCUCGCCGCCACCUCCCUGGCAGCCCUGUCAGCCGCCGCACCCCGGGGCCACCGCAGCCCUCGCUGCAGCUACAACCAGCCCCUACCACCGCCUUGAUCUGGCCACAAUGGCCGGCCGCGGCCAUCCCUGCAACCGCCGCCUCUGCCAUUUCCAGGCAUCAGCAGCUGCCGCUGCCGGCGCCUCCGCUGCCCAGCACCGGGCUGACUACAACCGCGCCGGCGGGCGUGCUGAUUCAGCAAGUGCGGUUCCUGCCCUCGCCGUCCCAGCUUCCGGCCUGGUUGGCCGGGACGUCACCGCCGCCAGUCUACACCAUGGCCGCAGACCAGUCGGCGCCCUCCCUGCCACACCGCCGCGCUUCGCCAAGCUCGCCUUCGCCACCUACGACGGCGCCGAGGACCCCCUCAACUGGCUCAACUAG